AUGCAAGAGCGGCGGCGCUGGCUGUCUAACUUCCAAGAACUCAGCCUACGACGCAGUGAUUUUCAAGUGAGCUUCUCGCGCUCCUCUGGUCCUGGUGGUCAGAACGUCAACAAGCUCAACACCAAAGCCAACGUUCGACUCGAUCUUUCCCAAGCCGCAAGUCACGCUCCAGAUGCGCUUGACGCUUCACAUCCUCGCAAGUGGCUCAACAGAGACCUUGUCAGCCGCAUAGCUAAGCAGUCACCCUACUAUGUUGCUUCCGACCACUCCUUGUUGAUCACCAGCAUGCGCCAUCGAACUCAGGAGGCCAACGUUCAGGAUGCACUCGAAAAGAUGCAUGCACACCUACUAGAGCUCGCACAAGACGGCCUGGUCGGAGAAACGAGCCAGCAGCAGCGCGAUCGCGUCAGACGAUUGCAGCAAGCAGACGCACGCAGGAAGAAGCACACCAAGAUCAAACGCGCCGAUGUCAAGAGCGGUCGCAAGUUCAAGGGUUGA